GUUAUUAACCUUCCUCCCGUUGGUACAACACACGCUGCAACGAUGAAACUACUAUCGAUUGUCUCCUUCGCACUGGUCGCCUCGGUGGCCCUCAGUCAGCCGACCAGCCGUGGCCUGCAGGAAGAUUUCGAUGAAUUUGUCGCUCUACUGCCAGUCGAUGAAAUCGUCAGUGUUGCCAUGCGUUACUUCUUAACCGACAAGGAAGUGCAAGCCGCUGUUCAGUAUAUCACCGGGCCGGAGUUUGCUGCCGUAUGGGAUCAGGUGUUCGCCCUCAAGGAAGUCCGUGACGUUCUGAACUAUCUGGAAGAUGCUGGUGUUAAUGUGUACGAUGCGCUUAACGAGUUGGCCAAACUGAUCGGAGUUAAGCCGGUGAAACCCAGUCACGCUAUUCGUCGCAUCGCCAGCACCCGUGGACUGAAUGAUCUGAUCGAGGAAGUGUUGGCUCUUCUGACCCAGGACAAGCUGAAGGCACUGUUCGAACAGAAGCUGGCUACCAGCGCUGAGUUCAAGGCAUUCUUUGAGAAGCUCCAGAGUACCGACUUCCAGAGUUUGGUGGAUUUUGCCAAUAAUUCCGCCGAACUGCAAUCUCUGCUCGCGAAACUGCGCGAGCAUGGAGUCGAUGUUGACAAGUUCUUCGAGCUCGUCAAAGGAUUUUUCGGCUGGGGAUAUUAAGCAACUCGUGAAAGAUUUGAAUAUGCUUUAACACCGUUUUUGGUGAAUAAUUUGUACAAUUGAACUAAAUAUUUGUUUUUUUAAAUAAAUAAUAAAAUACCUGUAA